AUGGAGCCGCGGAACCUGAGCGGGUUCCUGAUCGGGUGCGUGGGGGCGGCGGUGACGCUGUCCGCCUACUCCCAGACGGUGGUGUCCUCCACCCAGUGCGUCGCCCUCGGCCUCCUCAUCCUAGUCUUCGGCCUCGUCGUCAAAGAAGGCUUUCUCUCCCUCUGACUCCUCUCUAUCUCUCGCUCGAUUCUCCUUGUUACUGCUUAAUAAUUACUUGUAUCAUUAAGCUCCAUGUUGCUGCUCCUUUUCUUGGAGUUCGAAAAUUGGUGACGAACUGAAAAGUUUGCCUGGUUGUA